CGCGCGCACAAAUGAUCUCUUCUGUUCCGACAUCUGUUUAAAACUUCAUGCGUGGAUUUCAAAGCCAUUGUAAUCCAGAAGAAGUCAAGUUUGUACUGAAGUGCAGUGAUCCAGUGAUCCAGUGCUCUCCGUCUUCAGACCUGCUGAGGUGAAGACACAAACAUGAGUCAGAACGGAGGACCGGACACAAUCACGCGUCCUGUGUUUUCUGCUGGUCUCCAGCAUGUGUUCUGUGAGUGCAGAAUACUCAAACUGUGGUGAAAAUGAAUUUUAUAAUUACACAAGCAACAGUUGUCAACCGUGCCCACAGUGUCAACCAGGACAAGAGCCUUAUAUGAACUGUGGCUACGGCACUAAAGACGAGGACUAUAACUGCAUUGGCGUGUCCAGCGGGAAGUUCUCUAAAGGCAAGUAUGAGAUCUGCCGUCGACACAAAGACUGUGAUUCGCUGUACCGCGCCACCGCGUUAACGCCCGAACUACCGAGAGGACGCCGAGUGCGCCAGUGUUUACCAGGGUACUACAUACUAGAGAACAGACCGCGGAACAUCUACGGAUGGUGUGUCAUGCGUGUCAGAACGCCUCCACGAAACAUCAAAGAGUGCAUGCGCUCCACACCUGUGAUACCCGGACGAGCUCCCAGUGUGUCAUCCAGCAGCACCACUAUAUUCCCACAUCCAGAGAAAGAUCCAACAGGACAGGGUCACCUAGCAACAGCUCUCAUUAUCGCCAUGUCAACCAUCUUCAUCAUGGCCAUCGCUAUAGUGAUGAUCAUUAUGUUCUACAUUCUAAAGACCAAGCCGAGUGGACAAGCAUGCUGUUCUGGACAGAUAAUAAAGACGGUUGAAGUCCAAACAAUCAAAGAGGAGGAGAAGAAAGAUGUUCAAGAAAACGUUGUCAUAUAUGCAGAGAAGGAUGAAUUUGACAAGCUCAAACUCUCACCUCCAAAGUCAACAAAAAGUGAAAAUGACGCGUCAUCAGAGAACGAGCAGCUGUUGAGUCGCAGUAUUGACAGCGAUGAAGAAGCCGCUCAAGAUAAACAGGGAGCUGCAGAUCUCUGUCUGAUGUCAUUAGUUCAUCUGACCCGAGAGAAGACAUGCUCCAACAACAACAACAGCAGCAGCAAAACCACAGGGAUUCACAGCAGGAGGAAGAAGAUCUUGGACUUGUACACAAAGGCGUGCAGUGUUGCAGAGGGUUUGAGUCCAACAGAACUUCCCUUUGACUGUCUGGAGCGCACCAGUCGGAUGCUCAGCGCCACCUACAGCACCGAUAAAGCCGUGGUGAAGACGUGGCGACACCUCGCCGAGAGCUUCGGUCUCAAGCGCGAUGAGAUUGGCGGCAUGAGCGACGGCGUGCAGCUGUUUGAUCGCGUCAGUACGGCGGGUUACAGCAUCCCAGACCUCCUCACGCGUCUGGUCCAGAUCGAGAGGUUGGACGCGGUGGAGGCGCUCUGCUUCGACAUUCUGGGCGGACCCGAGAACGGAGUACCUCCAUCCAGCCAUCAUCCAAACCUGUCAUCCCGCUGCGCGAGCGUCUGAGGUUCAGUCGCCAUCAUGACUCAAAUCACGUGAAGAAAUCUCGCCCUGGACUCACAGAUGACCGUCGCUUGAACCUCUAAUGGACGUGCUCGUGACAGACAGUGUGUUAUGGGUUUAGGAUGGGUUUUAGGAAAUGUGUCUAAUAAAGGUGCGUUCACUCUGAGAUCUGCUGCAACAACGUGAUCUAAAGGCUUGAAUUUUACUGAGAGUUGGCGGGACGACUUUGACUGUUACACCCAAAACUCAACGCAAGUGUGUGAUGCUUUUAGUUACACUGACUUGAUUUCACAAGCGUUUUGAAAUGUGUCAGGGCACAUUUUGCAUUCCCAGUGUUACCCACUAGGUGAAAACGUCUUCUUCUGCAAUCAGACGUCUGAGGGAAACUAUUGCCCUUGAGUACGGAAGUUUGUUGCCGCCACAGUAAAGUUAAUCGGAGAGGGUUCUGAUGUCGGAGAGACGCCAGGUUCAUUCUUGCAUAUUUCUUAGGGGACUCUUAUUUUGACAGCGUAAUACACGCUAGUCAGUGUGCUAACGAUACUGGAAUUCUAGUCAAAUUCAUGCUAUUUUUCUGUGUAAUGUACAAUAUGCAUCAGGCAGUCACUGAUGUAUGUAAAUAUUUAGGACUAAAAGCAUCAAGCACAAACAAGGUAUCUAUCUAAAAGUAGCGUUCACAUUAGAAUCCGUUCUCUUGUGGCGUUCAGGUGUAAUCGGAAAUAUCGUAAUUACAUUAGUGGAUAGUGGAGUCAUAUUUACAUGUGGGAAACUCAUCUAAUGUAUAGAUAAUGAUUACACAUUGUGCUUUGUUUUAUGCAAAUGAAUAAUUUCAUACAUUUCAUGCAUUCAAAAAUCAUCAUUUAGGUCAUGUCAACAUCACGCAGGUGUAUUCACAUGUUUAUUCACCAGUGCAACAGGAACAAACAGCUUUCACCUUUGUUUAUUGAGUAUUGCAUGACAUCAUGGGGCACUGACAAAUAAGGUUGUCCGAGGUGAUAAAAAUGAGAGUAUAAAGUAUAAAGUAGAUGAGUGAGCAUCUUGUGUGCUUGAGUGGAAGCAAGAAACAUGCGACUGGUCAGCCUCAUUAACACUUAAUGACAAAAUACAAGCAGUGAAAUACAAGAGUAUAUAUAACUUAUUAUUGUACAUAUGCAUCAUGAUUAGAAGUAUCAAUAAAGAAAUAAAA